AUGUCGGGUAUCUCCAACCACGCCUGGUACAACAUCUCGACCGAGUACUACUCUAGGAUCCCCGCCAUUGUGAGCAAGACGUGGGUUUGGCAGACCAAGUACGUUCCGAGCACCAUCAGGUUUGGAGGAGCCCUGUCGGUCAACCAGCCCUACAAGUACGCCGUGUGGAAUUCCACCGUGGGCAAGUGGUUCAUCGACAGCGGAAGUGUGGCCCGGUCUAUUCAGGACACUGUGGGGGACACUGAGGGAUCGUGCGGCUACGGAGUGCCCAACUUCCAGGGAGCUUAUUGCGCUUACCACACCUUCCAGGUGAUAAACUCGACCUCGUCGUUCAAGUACGCGUACAUCUCCAACCCGGCCAACAACACCAGCGACUGGUGUACCAAGUACUGCUCUCACGAGGCGUACUUCGGCCUUGGCACCAAAACGUACCCGAACGAAAGAGCGGCCGACACGAUGAUCUCGUUGGUGGCGCACGAGAUGGUGGAGAUGCUGACUGAUCCGGUGUGGGCUCCUGCGGCCACUUCCGCCUGGUUGGACCAGGUGGGGUGCGAGAACGCCGACAUGUGUUCCUGGACCUACGGCAAUACGACCCAGGCAGCCAACGGUGGCAAGACCAAUCUGUCUGUUGGAGGCAAGCAGUGGCUCGUCCAGCAGAACUGGGUCUUGAGCAAGAACGACUGUGGUAUGAAACUCUAA